CAUGGCUGCAGCAAAUGAGACGGCUAAACGUAAGAACAGUUCAGACGAUACAGGAAAUGGGCUGAAGAAGACAAGAGCUACGUCGCCACUUCGGAAAGACAGUAAGUGGGGUAAAGAUAAUAAUAAGUUUAUGGCUGUCUGCAUGUGUGCGUAG